CCUCAAUUUUCUGUCUUCAUUCUCGCAAACUACUAAAGUCACCGUAGGGCACAUUCUCGUCGAGCCGGGUGGGGCCCUUGCGCCCAGCAUGGCGCGCGGUGCUAGCUCCACCGGAAUGCUGAUUCGUAGGUCCUGAUAGGGCUCAGUAGAGUGAAGGAGGCGGCAAAGAAACCAUGGGAUUGUUUUCCUGCUUCGGAGCCUCGGGAGCGGGCGAGGCGGAUGUCGUGGUUGCACAGCAGGCUCGUCAGCAGGCGUACGGGAUCCCUGCGCAUGACGCGAGCUCGGGCAAGCACGCAGCGGCCGGCAAGGGGCAGCAGAGCGAAUUCCUCGACCUGACUGGACCCGCGCCGAAGUCAGCACAGACCACAACCUGCACUUCUGGCAACACUACAUCACUGUCGGCAGUGACCACGUCGGAUGUGCACGGGGCGGCGUACCAGCUACAAAUUCUUAAUGGCGCGCUUGCGGGGCUAUCUGGGAACUGGUAUGAGCGUGUAUCAUCAGCAGCAACGCGCUUGACGGGCGUCUCAGGUGCCGCUCUGUGCACCGUCGCCAUUCUCGACGCUGCGCACGAGCACUUCACGGUCGUCCACGUCACAGGAAAGGACGUGGAUGCGUCCAUAAGGUCCCCUCCAGGGUCGCAACUCCCGGCAUUGCAGGCAGUUGCGCCAUCUGCGCAUGGCCCAGGCGCCCAGGGUAGCCUUAGAUACAACAGCGCGCAGGUUCUGCAGCUACUGCAGACGCCGCUGACCUACUCGUUCUCGGACCCGGUGCACGCGUCGCGGGAGACCAACCAGCCGCCACAUGACUGGCAGUCUAUGUACGAUACGUUUGGGCUGUCCGACUUCUGUGCACUGCCGCUGAUGCACAACAAGUCAGUCGUGGGGGCAGUGACGCUAGCUUUCGUGGCGCCGCCUGCGGAAACGCGGGCACAGCAGAACCAACGUUACCUAGCGCAAAGCUCGGGCGCCAGCACACACCAGCCAGCGUCUCCCCUGAUGGCGUGCGACGAGGCAUCAAUGAGGACGCUGGGGUUGCUCCUGUCGGUCCUGCUGGUGGGGCAGGACAUGCAGCUGGCGCAGCAGGUGGCGGAAAUCCUGGCCGGCGUGUACGACGCGCGCAACGUGCAGCAGGUGGUGACCGUGGUGGCGGCCGGCGCGGAGCAGGUGCUGCAGCUCACCACGCGCGUGGCCGUGUCCUGCAACCUGGCGGUGCUGGCCGUGCCGGGCGCUGGGGCCGGCGCCGGCCAGGCUGCCAGCGCGCUGUCGCAGCCAGGGACUGGCACCGGCACGGGCGGCGGCGGGCCGCCCGCCAGCGUCACGUCUGGGACGGGGCUAGGCGGGCGCGCGAUUUUUUUCGAGGAGCGGAACGCGCAUACAGCCGGUAGCCGCGUGGACGGCAGCACGCAGGGCACGCAAUGCUCGCGAUCAAUGGCUAGCAUCACAGACGCGCAAGGCUCGGGCUCGGGACUGGUGUUCGGCCAGAACUACCGGUCACGGUUGCAGAGCCGCGCCAAUACACCGCACGACGGCCAGAGCACCGGCGCGGUUUCCGGGGCCCAGGCCAACAUGCUUUCGCCGCGACGGGGCGGCACCAACGGCUCCGCCAACCCGCUGCCGCAUCUGUCUGUGCGGACCAACGGCAAUGCGAACGCCAGCCAUGACAGCACCUCGCCGCCGAACGGUUCAACGGGCGGGCUUCUCUGGCAGGCAGGGCUAGUGCAGGCGCGCGCUCUGGGCCUGCGCCACACGCUGCUGGCCAACCUGCCGCCCACCGGCACCAUCAUCCACGACUGCGCCUCCUACAUGCAGCAGGUCGGCUGCCCCAAGCGCGACCUGUAUCUGCUCUCCACCUGUCAGGGCGCGCCGCCGUUCUCGCUUGCCAUCGCGCCCGCGCCGCUCAAGGAGGCAGACCCUAACGGCCAGCAGCUGGUGCUGUACGUGGCAGUCGCGAUGCGGCUGCCCAUGGAGCUGCUGACGGAGCUGCUGGGCCAGGCGCAGCAGCUCGCGGUCAAGGUGCUGGCGCCGCUGCUCGCGGCCAAGCUGACCACUGGCAACCUGGCGGACGAGUGGACGCUGCUGAUGGGCACCUGCACCUCAGGGCGCACCCCCGGGCCGGGCACGGGGCCAGGCGGCGUGGGCUUGGCGGCCAGCAGCCCCGACCCGCGCAUGAGCAGCAGCACGGCGCAGGUGGGUGGCGGCGGCGUAGGGGCCGCCGGCGGUGGCAGCAAGGACGCCGCCAGUGGCUCCGCCAUGUGCGGCAGCGGCGGCACCAUGGACGGCCGCCGCAGCAGUCCUGGCGGCAGCAGCGACGAGACCGGCCCGGGCGGCGCGCAGCGCGGCCCGGCUGGUGCGGCCGGUGCUCGGCACCCGCAGCUGCCGGCUGCGCUCACGGCGCCGCCGGGCCACUCUCCCGGGGUGCUACCGUACGCGGAGCAGGGGCAGCGUGGCGGCACUGCGCCGUCUGACAUUGGGCGGGUGCUGGGCGGGCCACCGGCAGGCAUCGGCUCCCAGGAGUCGCACGGCACGGUGCUGAGCACGGCGGUGGGCGGCGCGUUCGCGGGCGACACCCGCACGCACAUGGGCAUGCUCGUGUCGUCGUUCAAGGACACCAUCAAUGCGCUACAGGCGUCCAGGGCUGAGGAGGCGGAGGAGCUUACGGUGCUUAAGCUGGGCAAGGUGCUGGGGCGCGGCGGCAGCGGGCUGGUGUUCCAGGGUUACCUGCACCUGGGGCUGGAGGUGGCGGUGAAGCUGUUCGAGAACCCCGACGACACCGACCCAGACGCGAUCUCCAGCGACGAGUCGCCCUCCAUCGGCAAUCUCAACCCUGACGGUUCCAGCAUCGGGCCGGACGCGAUGGGCGCGUCGCGCGGCGCGGACGGCGGCAGCUCGGUGAAGGACGGCUCCAAGGGCCCAGAAGGCAACGGCGGCGCGCAGCGGCGCAACUCGUCGCGCAGCGCGGCGCAGAUGACGAAGCGGCAGCGCGACCUGCUGCGCAACGCGCUGGAGCUGGGCGUGACCUCGUCCGUCAGCCACCCCAACAUAGUGCAGGGCUACUGCCAUUGGGUGAACGUGGUGCUAAUGCAGGACGCCUCCCUCAACCGCUGCUGGCUGAUGGGGCAGGCCGAGUACAUGGCGCUCGCGCCGCCCGGCUCGCCGCCGCCGCCGCUGUGCUCGGCGCUGGUCAUGGAGUACUGUGACAUGGGCUCGCUCAUACACGCGCUCAAGCGCGGGACGUUCGUGGGGGCGGAGGGCAAACCCAACAUGGAGUUUGUGUACAUGUGCCUGCUGGAGAUCGCGCUGGCGCUGCGCCACCUGCACACCGCCAAGAUCGCGCACUGUGACCUCAAGCCCGGCAACGUGCUGCUGCGCUCCAGCCCGCGCGACCCGCGCAGCUUCGUCUGCAAGCUGGGCGACUUCGGCUACGCGGCCAUCCUGAAGGACGGGCUGCUGCCGGGGCGGCCGGCGGUGCUGCCGGACGAGGCGUGCGGCACGCUACAGUACAUGGCGCCAGAGCUGUUCGUCGCGGGGCGGCCCGUGGACGCCAGCAUCGACAUAUAUGCCUUUGGCCUCCUGAUGUGGGAGCUCAUAACCGGCAAGACGCCGUACAGCGACAACGAGUACGGCAGCCGCGCGCUGAUGAAGGCGGUGUACCACGGCAAGCGCCCCACGUUUCCGGAGCACACACUGCCAGCAUACAAGAACCUGGGCAUGUGCUGCUGGUCCGGCGACCCCACGCUGCGCCCGAGCGCCUCUGUGCUGGUUAAGCUGCUGCGCCAACAGCUGGAGAGCUUGAAACAGUCGGGCCAGACAACCGGCGGGGCCGCGCCCUCCACCGCCCGUGCAUGAGCAUUGGGGCCAGACCCAGCUCGCGCGCAGCCGAUGGGGCCUGACCGUGAACGGGAGGGCGCGGCGCGCAGCCGUGGUUGGGGUCAAUCGCUUACGGAAGCAGUGCUAACCAAGGCAAAUAUGAUGCAUGAAUAUAACAGAGCGGCAACGUCGCCGCGGCCGGCCCAGUUGACUUGGUGAGCGGGCAACACGCGCCAGAUGCUGGUGGCUGGGGCGCGGCGGCCACCGCGGGUUCAUGUUAUUGCUUAGAAUGUGAAGAAAGGCUCAACAGUAACAGGAUCAGUCACGCGCGCCCACUAGCCAAGUGGAAGGUCUACUGCUCAACGCAUGCAUGGAGGUUACAAAACAUGGUCACUGAGAGAGAAAGCCAUGCGUGCACUCCACUCAUCUACACAAGUAAGAGUGAGGCGCACCCCGGCGGCACAGCGCUGCCCUGCCAGGGCCUUGCUUUGCUGCAGGGUGCUAAUUGCUCCAUAGAUGCAUGUUGUUCGUUCGGUUUCAGAAGUUUUGAUGGUUCUAUGUUCGCGGGUGUUUCGGUGGCGUUACCAGGUUUUCGCUGAGGCGUAUCUGCCUGUCUCCAUGGUAGUCGGCGUGUGGGGUGGUGUUCAGGCCCAUAUGUCUGUCACUGCGGUCCUUGCGCAGCAUGACUGCUAAAUCCUAUGCAUGGCCUUCCAUAAGCCACUCGCGAAACCGGCACAGUUAUGAUGUCGAGCGGUCGCGUGUGUGGGUCCAGCAGCGUACUGGUUGCCCAUCCCGUUGGUCGCAGCCGUGGUUCGUUUGAUAUCUGCGUCGGUUCUGUGCGUCUGUCUGCUGUCUGCUGGCCCCGGUUGACCCCAAGACCAGGAGAAGAUAAACAGGCCACGGGCAUGUAUGUGAACCCAACGGACCGAAGCAGGACCGCCCUUCCUCCUGUGAAGCCGGGCCUCGUGUGUGGGCCGAAGCGAAAUGAGCUUUUGGCAAAUGUGUCUGGGUGACGGCAAGAUGGGCACUAGGCGGCAAGAUGGAGCUGGGCUGGGGUGCAUGUGCUGAGGCAGUCUCGAGGCACAUGUGUUGCGAUCCUGGCGUUGCUGGGCCCACACUGCAUGGGCAGUUUCAGCGCCAGUGUCCCAUGGGCAUGCACAUUGGGGAGGGGGCAUUGGAUACACGGGUUGUUCAUGUGCGCUAAGAAAAGCGCUGGUGUUCAGAUGAGGGUCUCAGAUGCGCAUAGGGUGCUGUGGUAGCUCGGGGCGAUUCUCAUCAUUAGAUCGUAUUGCCUCGGAGUGCGCACGAAAGAGCAAAUGAGAGGUGUGCGAGGACGUUCAUGUUUACGCGUGUGUCGCAGGUGGCCGUCGCAACAACAGGACUAGUGGGAUGUUCUGGGCAUGUCUCCGAAGGGUUUAGAGCAAGACAUGUAUGGGGGGUUAUAGGGGUCGCACGGGCGGUGUGUAGAAAACUGUUGGUCACCCGAGGUGUGCACAGGUGUGGCCGUGUCGGUAGGCGUGUCUGGGCAAACGACGUAGUGCAGGAGGUAUUAAGAAGACUACGUACGGAUGCCGCAUGUUGCGUGGCGGUGGCGCACCCGCCCUGCUAUGACAAUCAGUCGAUUGCGUGAGAAGUGGCGUCGCGCCGCAAGGGGAAUGGAAAUUGCGGCCAGGAGAAGCUUGCAGCGGCGCUGCCACUUCGCGCGGGAAGAGUUUGAUGUGAGCUUCGCGCUCACACCAACUGCAUGUGUAAUGGUGCAGAGGCGCACACUGGCUUUCGUUUGACGAGAACUUUACCUGUGCUGUUAGUAGCAGCACCACCUGGCGGGUUGGAAUUCAAAUCGGAUGGCUCAGGGCAGGACGUGUCAUGGCCGCCAACUUAAUGUUAUCGCCUGUGCUAGGCGUUUACCAACCACAUUAUGGCUUCGACGUGCGUUGCGGAACUCAUGCGUACGUAGACCAGAGCGGAAGGCGGAGUGGGCUCGCAGGCGGCACGGGAGCAGGCAGUCAGUAGCACAAGUUACGAAUGCAUAUGUUACCUCGUAACCGACGGUAAAC